AUGUACCACUUUGUCUCUGAGCAGACGCCGGAGCUGCGGCUCUCGGCGGAUGCGCUGGUGACCAGCCACGUGACGCAGUACCUUAAGGGCUUCCAGUUGGAGGCUGUGCGCUUCCUCUACGAGCGCCUGGCCAAGCGAGAGUUUAGCGUUCUCAACGACGAGAGUGGGUUGGGGAAGCCGGCGACGGUGGCGGCUCUGCUGAGUGCUCUGGACCGGACGAAGAAGACUCUGAUAGUGCUGCAGAACGAUGAGCAGCUGCUCGCCGGCUGGCAGUUUCACCUGGACACGCUCACGGAUCUGGCUGUGUACACCAUUCAAGGGGUGCAAGACACCACAGAUUCCCCGCACAGCGUCUACCUGGCCAAGUGGAGCAGCUUGCGCAGCAUUGGAGAUCUCAGCCGCCUCAAGUUCGACUACAUUCUGGUGGACAAUCGCGGGCACUCGCUGAACAACAGCUUCUGCACCUCCAUGCUGCUCAAGCAUUUCGAGGGCAGGGUAAACAUGGUUAUCUCCAGCGUUGACAUCACGUCCGAUGUGAAGUUGCUGUACAACAUUUUGCGGCUGGGCGGACGUUUGGAGCAUCAGUACCGAAGCUUUCAGAGCUUCGAUCGGAAGUUUCACCUGCCGGAUCCCAAGGAGGUGUUCAGCAAGCGCAUAGAUCUCGAGGAUUACUACAAGCAGCGUGGAUUUCUCAGCGAGUAUAUCAAGGACUUUCGUCUGCGCCGCUUUCGCCAUCAGUUUGAAAAGAGCCUUCCGCUCGUAGCGCCGGAGCAGUACAAGCACAAUCUCCACCUCUGGCUGGCCUCCAAGAACAGCCAGAGCACCCUUAGCGGCUCCUCGGAGGUCUGCUCCACCAUCGCUUCCCUGGAAAAUCUUCCAGUUCAGCCACAAGAGCAGGAUAAAUUAUCCGAUCACAGCGUGGAUGAUAUUGUGGCCAUGUCGCCGCUGAUCUUUGAAUCCUCCGACUCUGAUGUGGAGGCCAUAACAGUAGAGGCUGUAGUGGAUCCUAACCAGGUGUUGGUGGUUUCCAGCGACGAUUGUGAGAUCGUGACGCCUCCAAACACGCCGCCAAAUCAAACGUCCGGAAUGAAGGAAUCGCCUAGAUUCAAGUCCAAGAGAAAACUUAGCCAGCGGAAGACAGCACAAAAAAAGCUGCAACUUACGGAUUCGGAGGAGGAGGAGGAACACCGUUCUCCUGGUGCUCCCAAAGCUGUGGAAGUGGCGGCCAGAAAACAUACUCGUUCAACAGCUACUAUUGAACCUCCUAAAACCAAAAGGCUCAACAUUCGACUGAGAAGGGUGUCCUUGGAAAGCAUACCCACCACACCGCCUGCCGCUGAGAAAGCUGCUGCCCUUGCCACACCCAAAACUGAGCCCUCGGUUAGAAAACGGAAACCAGUCCGGCAGGCAGUCAGUCCACAGGAUACCAGACGUCCUGCCACUCGAGGAAUGCAGCGACUAACUCGAUCCGCCGAGUCUAAGCUUCACAGCAAGUACGUGAAGCACCACAUCCUGGAAGAUGCAAAAAGGACCACCCAAAAGAGAGCCAAGGCUGAGGGGAAUCAAACGCCCAGGACAAGCAAGCCGCGGGUGAAGCAAGAGCAGAAGGAGAAGCCAGCUGAGGCCCCCCUGUUGCCCCCUAAGAAGCCCGAAACGGAGACUCCCAAACGUAAGGUAGGGCGUCCCAGAAAAUGCAAGCAGGAACCAGAGCCAAGUAAGUCAAAGGCUAAGCCACCGGCCAAGCCCUUUAAUCCCACGCCCCAAGUGCUCAGCGGCAGCUCCUUGUCCUCGGAGUACAUGCAAUGUGCCCAGCGAAUACCAGACAACUUGGAUGCCCUGGAGCCACCUGCCUUUCGGGUACCCUUCACGCCGCAACAGACGCCCUUGCUUCUGAAGCUGCCGUCUGCCUUUAACUUGCUUAGCGACUCGGAGGUGGUGGCCGUCACCCAAACCAAGUCACAGGGUGAGGCGGUGGUGAUCAACAGCUCCCAUGAUGAGAGCUCGCCGCAGGAUGCCACGCAGAGUCGUCGCACCAAGGCUUUGAAACGAAAACGGAAGCAGGAAUCACCCACCAAGUCCAGUUUCGGGGGAGGACUGGGCUUGCCGCCGGCAAAUAGAAGGGCCAACAAAUCACCGGAUUUAUUUAGCAUCUCCUCGGAAAUGUCGCAGAUACCCCUGGCCCAGCCACGGGCAGCCUCUCCCUUCGAAGGCUUCAAGAUAUUUGGCUCGGAGGUGAAGCAAUUUCAGCAGCAGCAUGCCAGAACAAAUGCUCCGCCGCCGAAAAAGAACAGGGAGCGAUCUUGCUUGGACAUUCUGGAGAAAAUAUUCGAGCCACGGCAGGAGAAAACCAGUCCCAAGGUCUUGCCCUCGCUGCCGCAGACUCAGAAAGAGCCUGAGGCAUCUUCAGCAGCCCUCGCCAUCACGCAGAGAAGGAGAACCCUGCUGGAAGAUGACUUCUUUGAGAUCACCAACAAUGGAGAAUUCGGUAGUCGCAUGCGGCUGAACUCCUCCGGAGGUGUAUCGCCUGUGCAGCCGGAUCAGCAGUCCGCCAGGGUCACGCAGGCCAAUAAGAUCACAAACUACUUGAUAGGCUCGGGGCUCACCCAAGAAAAGACCCAACCGAACGCGGGAACGCGCAGCUCCACCAACGCCGCCGCCGCCACGCAGGCGCUACGCAAGUCUCCCAAAUCGCCAAGACAAAAUGGCAAGUCCACCCAGGCCACCAAGCUUACUCGCUGGUUUGGCUCGGUUUUUGGAGGCGGCGGCGGAAUAUCGCAGACCAGCUCCGUGGAAUCGGUAAGUGCGCCAAGCACGCCGGCAGCUCCUUCGACGAGUGCAGCAGCCUCUCGGGCACGAGCGGCGAGGAGUGGUGGCCCCACCAGACGAAAGCGUCUUGACUUGUUUAAAUAAGGAGCAGAACAAAGACACCAUCAACCCUAAGUUAAAGUUAACAGAAUCCAAGGAGAAGUCUUCUUGGGCUAAAACCACAUAUUCAAGGUCUGAUUACAAGGGGUAAUUAUUGAAUUUAAAAAGAACUUUACCUACAAAAUCAGAUAUUGAAACUGACAUGAAUUAAUCAAAAGCCAAGCUAAAGUUAACAGCAGUAAAACUUGUGCAAAAAAUACUUUCGUAGGUUGUACAAUGUUAAGUGUAAAACAUUAAGCCAGCCUGAGAGCAAUUAACUAGCCAAUUUAGUUGAAAUUAAAUUUUUUGUGCACAUUUUGAACAUUAUAUAAACCCUUAGAACUAAGACCAACGAUUGAGAAGACAUGUAAACAUUUUAAACAUUUAUAAAUUAUUUUAAUCCCACAAAAAGUACUGAAGUUUCGAUUUUUAUGUGUGAAAACUAUUAUAUUAUAAACUAAACAAAGUUCUGAAAACUAUUAUUUAAUUAUCUCAAAGAUUCUCGGAAAGAAAUAAACUGAAAUAAACUUGUAUUAAAA